AUGUGGGUCACCUCCUUCAUCAUGUCUCUGACCCAUCAUUCCAAGGUUAUUCGCAACUCAGUAACAUACACAGAGCACGCUGAGCGGAAGACAGUCACAACACUCGACAUUGUAUAUGCCUUGGGACGUUCGGGGCGUAUGCUUACUGUUUUGGAGCAUUGA